GGAGGCCGCCGCGCGCCGCUAUCCUGGAGCGUAGGAAGUUGGCCUCGGAGCGGCCUGGGCUGUGAGGGGAAGGCCGCGCGGGGCAGCGGCGGUUGCUUCGACCACCUGAGGGCGGCGCGAUGGGAGACGAGAUGGAUGCUAUGAUCCCUGAGCGGGAGAUGAAGGAUUUUCAGUUUAGAGCCCUGAAGAAGGUGAGGAUCUUUGACUCCCCUGAGGAGUUGCCCAGGGAACGCUCAAGUCUGCUUGCCGUGUCCAACAAGUAUGGCCUGGUCUUUGCUGGUGGAGCCAGUGGGUUGCACAUUUUUCCUACUAAAAAUCUUCUUAUUCAAAAUAAACCUGGAGAUGAUCCCAAUAAGAUAGUUGAUAAAGUUCAAGGCUUGCUAGUUCCUAUGAAAUUCCCCAUCCAUCACCUGGCCCUGAGCUGUGAUAACCUCACACUGUCUGCGUGCAUGAUGUCCAGUGAAUACGGUUCCAUUAUCGCUUUUUUUGAUGUUCGAACAUUCUCAAAUGAGGCCAAACAGCAGAAACGCCCAUUUGCCUAUCAUAAGCUUUUGAAAGAUGCAGGAGGCAUGGUGAUCGACAUGAAGUGGAACCCCACUGUGCCCUCCAUGGUGGCAGUGUGUCUGGCCGACGGCAGCAUCGCUGUCCUACAAGUCACAGAAACAGUGAAAGUGUGCGCGACACUUCCUUCCACGGUAGCAGUAACGUCUGUGUGCUGGAGCCCCAAAGGGAAGCAGCUGGCCGUGGGGAAGCAGAAUGGCACCGUGGUCCAGUACCUCCCUACUUUGCAGGAAAAAAAAGUCAUUCCUUGUCCUCCAUUUUAUGAGUCAGAUCAUCCUGUCAGAGUUCUAGAUGUGCUGUGGAUCGGGACCUAUGUCUUCACAAUAGUGUAUGCCGCUGCCGAUGGGACCCUGGAGACGUCUCCGGAUGUGGUGAUGGCUCUGCUCCCGAAAAAAGAUGAAAAGCACCCAGAGGUGUUCGUGAACUUCAUGGAGCCCUGCUACGGCUGCUGCACGGAGAGGCAGCACCACUACUACCUCAGUCACGUGGAGGAAUGGGAUUUAGUGCUGGCGGCAUCUGCGGCUUCCACGGAAGUGAGCAUCCUUGCUCGACAGAGCGACCAGAUUAAUUGGGAAUCGUGGCUCCUAGAGGAUUCUAGUCGAGCUGAACUGCCUGUGACAGACAAGAAUGAUGACUCCUUGCCCAUGGGAGUGGCCAUAGACUAUACUAACCAGGUGGAAAUUGCCAUCACUGACGAGAAGACUCUUCCUCCGGCUCCGGUUCUUCUGUUACUCUCGACAGAUGGUGUGCUCUGUCCAUUUUACAUGAUCAACCAGAACCCCGGAGUGAGGUCCCUCAUCAAGACACCGGAGCCGCUCCCACUGGAGGGAGAGCGCCAGCCCAGGUCGUCAGGAAGUAUUCCCACGACCCCAACCUCGCCCGUCCCGCAGAAACCCGAGGCUUCAGCAGCUGCAGCUCCUGUCUCCGUUCCACCUUCCCUGCCGGCUGCUCCCACCGCCACCUUCUCUCUGCCCUCUGCUGUGGGGGCCUCUGCCGCGUUCUCCUUUGGUUCUUCGUCCUUGAAAUCAUCUGGGUCUGUUGCUGGGGAGCCCCCUCCGUACCCCAGUGGUUCUGACACUUCAAAAGCAGCAGUGGGCUCCGGUGCAGCCACCUUUUCAUUCGCUCCUCCUCAAGCCCCCCUGGCACCCACGCCCGCGGCCUCUCCCAUGGCACCCGCAGCUGCUUCGUUCUCCUUUGGAUCAUCGGGUUUUAAGCCUCCCUUGGAAAGCACACCAAUGCCAAGUGCGUCCACUCCCGGCAUUGGGUUGAAGCCCUCCUUCCCACCCUCAGCCUCCGCUGUCAAGCUCAACCUUGGCGAAAAGUUCACUGCCGUGGCUGCCUCUGCUCCUAACAGCACACCGAGCACACCCCCGAUGCUGCCCUUCUCCGCCUCCAAGCCAGCUUCUUCCGGACCUCUCAGCCACCCCACGCCCCUCUCAGCAGCAUCCGGCUCCGUGUCAGCCAAGUCCUCAGCCUCCCCCUCAGCAUCAGGGCGAUCUGCUCAUGGCGGCCCAGGCCCAGUGUCCUCAGUGGGGCAGAAAUCACCCAGGAUAACCGCUCCGGUGGCCAAGGCGGGCUCUCCCCAGGCGAAGUCACUUGCGACUCCUGUGACAGAAAAGCAGGGACAUCAGUGGAAAGAGUCAGACCCUGUGAUAGUUGGAAUUGGCGAGGAGAUCGCGCACUUUCAGAAGGAGCUGGAAGAGCUGAAAGCUCGAACUGCGAAAGCCUGUUUCCAAGUGGGCACCUCUGAGGAGAUGAAGAUGCUGCGGACAGAAUCGGAUGACCUGCACGGCUUUCUUUUGGAGAUUAAAGACACCACCGAGUCUCUUCAUGGAGAUAUAAGCGCCCUGAAAACAACUCUACUUGAGGGCUUCGCUGGUGUUGAAGAAGCCAGGGAGCAGAGUGCGAGGAACCGUGACUCGGGAUACCGGCACUUGCUCUACAGGAGACCCCUGGACCCCAGGAGUGAGGCGCAGCUCCAGGAAAUUCGGCGCCUUCAUCAAUAUGUGAAGUUUGCUGUCCAGGAUGUGAAUGAUGUUCUAGACUUGGAGUGGGAUCAGCAUCUGGAACAAAAGAGAAAACAAAAGCGCCUGCUUGUGCCGGAGCGAGAGACACUGUUUAACACCCUGGCCAACAACCGGGAGAUCAUCAACCAGCAGAGGAAGAGGUUGAACUGCCUGGUGGACAGUCUCCAGCAGCUGCGACUUUACAACCACACUUCCCAGUGGCGCCUUCCCUCGGGGGCGCCCUCCCAGAGCAGCACUCACAGUUUUGACAGUGAUCUGGAAAGCCUGCGCAAUGCUUUGUUGAAAACCACUAUAGAGUCUCACACCAAACCCUUGCCAAAAGUACCAGCUAAACUGUCCCCUGUGAAACAGGCACAGCUAAGGAACUUCCUGGCCAAGAGGAAGACCCCACCAGUGAGAUCCACUGCUCCAGCCAGCCUGUCUCGGUCAGCUUUCCUGUCUCAGAGAUACUACGAAGACUUGGAUGAAGCCAGCUCCACGUCAUCCAUCUCCCAGUCUCUGGAGAAUGAGGACACACAGGCACCCUGUAAAGAUGACGAUGCCGGGAUCCAGGUCCCUCGCCACGCCCCCGUGGUGCGCACUCCCUCCAUCCAGCCCGGUCUCUUGCCCCAGGCGGCAGCUCCUUUUGCUAAAUCUCACCUGAGUCAUGGUCCACCUGGCGUGCUGGGAGCUUCAGCGUCUACGUCUGCCAGCAAAAUCAUCCCUCAAGGGGCCGACAGCACAAUGCUCGCAACCAAAACCGUGAAGCACGGUGCGCCGGGCCCCUCCCACACCAUCCCAGCUCCGCAGGCGGCCGCUGCGGCAGCACUGAGACGCCAGAUGGCCAGUCAGGCGCCAGCUGUGAGUACUUUGACCGAAUCAACUUUGAAGACUGUCCCUCAAGUGGUAAAUGUGCAGGAAUUGAAGAAUAACCCUUCAUCUCCAGCGAUGGGUUCUCCGGUGUCACACUCCACAGCCAAAACCCCUCACCCAGUGCUGACCCCCGGGGCUGCGAAUAACCAAGCCAAGCCGGGAUCGCUAAUAAAUUCCCUAAAGCUGCCUGGGCCCACAUCAGCCUCCGGUCAAUUGUCAUCCGGUGAUAAAGCUUCAGGGCCAGGGGCAACCAAGCUAGAAACCGCUGUGACUUCUACCCCAUCUUCUGUCGGGCAGUUCAGCAAGCCUUUCUCAUUUUCUUCAUCAGGGACCGGCUUUAAUUUUGGGAUAAUCACACCAACACCGUCUUCCACCUUCGCUGCCACACAAGGGGCAACACCCCCGGCUAAAGAGUCCAGCCAGCCGGACACAUUCCCGUUUGGUGGGGGAGGCAAACCUUUCUCUGAGGCCAUCCCCGAAAGCUCAUCUCCCUCCACAGUGACAGCAGCGCCCAACACCACCGGAGCCGCCGGUGCUCCCGCAGGAGAGUCGGCUCCGCCAGGCAGCAGGCCUGCGGCCCCUCCUGGAAUUGCUCUCUCCACCCCUCCCAGCAAGUUGGAAGCUGCGCCAUCUAAGGCGGGGGAGCUCCUCUUUCCAACUUCUCUGGCUGGCGAGACUCUAGGGAGUUUUUCAGGACUGCGGGUCGGCCAAGCAGAUGACUCCACAAAGCCAGCCAGUAAGGCUCCCUCCACCAGCCUGAGUAGCGCACAACCAGCCAAGACUUCCCUCGUCUCCUCGGGGUUUAACUUUGGUGGCCCUGCCGCGCUGGGGAAGCCCGCGGAGCCUCCCUUGACCUCCUCUGUGACCGCCACCACGGUGGCACCAGCAGCCAGCACCAGCACCAACAGUGCCUCCACUGGUGUCUUCGGCAGUCUGCCCCUCACCGGCACAGGCGCCUCGGGGGUCAUCGGUUUUGGCGGGUUAUCUCUGAGUGGCAGCAAGACUGGCUUUUCAUUUGGAAGUCAGCCCACGAGUGGGACAGCGCCCCCAUCUGCCCCACCACCGGCCACCACUGCCACUCCCCUUCCCACAUCAUUCUCCACCUUGUCGUUCGGUGGCCUCCUCAGUUCAGCAUCUGCUCCCACGCCACCUGUGUCUUCUGCUAAAAGCACAGAGGAGGUGACGUCCCCAUCUUCGUCCGAGAAGCUCGGCACCAGUGAGGCCUCAGCAUCAGCAGCCUCGCUUCUGGGGCCACAGCCGUCAGCGCCGCUUCCCCAGGCUCCUCUGCAAACUCCCGACCCCGUGAAGAAGGAGCCUGUUCCUGCCCCGCCCACAGGCAGCAGCCUGGACCCCACGGCACCGAGUUCCAGUCUCCCAGCACCUUCUGCAGAGGCUGCGGCAGCAGCCACCGGGGUCCCUGACGUCAAGACAGAACCAGCUUCUCUUCCCUCCCUUUCAGUGCCUGGGCAGCCGGCUGUCACAGCAGCUCCAACCCCGAGUGCAGGCCCUGUGACCGCAGAAACCAAGUCCCCCCCCCCACCGCCAGUGCUGCUUCCAGCGCUGCUCCAAGCCCCCGCUGCGGACUCAGUGGCGUUUGGCACUGUCACUUCUGGUUCCUCCGUCUUCACUCAGCCACCUGCUGCAGUUCUAGCUCCGCUUUCAGCCAGCUCACCGCAGCACGGCCUCCACCCCCUCGGCACCCCCGUGUUUGGCAGCGCACAGCUCGGGUUUGGCAACCCAGCUUUAGCACUCGGCCACGGGGUCUUCGGGCAGACGGCCUUCGGGCAGGCCGCCUUCGGGCAGUCGACAAGCAGCCCCGCCAGCAGCUUCUCCUUCAGUCAGCCUGUCAGCUCCGGGUCCGCCUUUGGGCAGUCCGCGUCCUCCCCUUCCACGUCCACCAGCGGGAACGUCUUUGGUGCCUCUUCGAGCGCCAGUAGCUCCAUCUCUUUCUCUUUCGGCCAGUCUUCUGCCAACACCGGCGCGGGGGUGUUCGGCCAGAGCACCCCGCCUGCGUUUGGGCAGAGCCCAGGCUUUGGACAAGGAAGCUCUGUGUUUGGUAGCACCUCGGCCACCACCACGACAGCAUCAUCCUCUGGGUUUAGCUUUUGUCAAGCGUCAGGUUUUGGGUCCAGUAAUGCUGGUUCUUUGUUUGGUCAAGCAGCCAAUACUAGUGGGACAGUGUUUGGCCAGCAGUCGCCGUCCUCCAGUGGCAGCGUGUUCGGGUCUGGCAGCGCUGGAAGAGGGGGAGGUUUCUUCAGUGGCCUCGGAGGGAAACCCAGCCAGGACGCAGCCAACAAAAACCCAUUCAGCUCGGCCAGCGGGGGCUUCGGAUCCACAGCCGCCCCAAAUACCUCUAACCUGUUCGGAAACAGUGGGGCCAAGACGUUUGGUGGCUUUGCCAGCUCGUCGUUUGGAGAGCAGAAACCUGCUGGCACCUUCAGCGCUGGAGGAGGAAGCGUGGCAUCCCAAGGCUUCGGGUUCUCCUCUCCAAAUAAGACAGGUGGCUUCGGUGCUGCUCCAGUGUUUGGCAGCCCUCCUACUUUUGGGGGAUCCCCUGGGUUUGGAGGGGUGCCAGCAUUCGGUUCAGCCCCAGCCUUUACAAGCCCUCUGGGCUCGACGGGAGGCAAAGUGUUCGGAGAGGGUACUGCGGCUGCCAGCGCAGGAGGAUUCGGGUUUGGCAGCAACAGCAGCACCACGUCCUUUGGCACCCUCGCUGGUCAGAACGCGCCCACCUUCGGGUCGCUGUCCCAGCAGACUUCAGGCUUCGGGACCCAGAGCGGGGGCUUCUCCGGCUUCGGAUCGGGCACAGGAGGAUUCAGCUUUGGAUCAUCGAACUCGUCUGUCCAGGGCUUUGGUGGCUGGAGAAGCUGAGUGGGUGUCGUGCUCCUUUCGGUUCCGUGACCAUCGGCGUUCUCAGCUCCUCGUCACUGAGCAGCAGUCCUGAAAGCGGACAUUCUCGUUGGCACACCCAGACAGAAACAGCUCGGCAGAUGCGCGUGGUCUUUAUUUCAUGUUGCUUAUUCCCCCUCUGCCCCUGUUAUUAAACUGUUUGGCUUGUUUGCAUACAAAAUGUAA